GUGAUGAUGACGUUAAAACACUUCCUGGUUGAAAUGGAAUCACACGUGUAGUGUCUACUGCUCUGUUUUUAACUUUGUUUUGAUGCAGCCACACCUUGUUAUACGAUAUUAGCGAGAUGUUCAGUUAAUACAUAUCCUUGUGCAUCUAAAACGGACUAUUAAUUGGAUGCAACUAACACAUUUAGAGCAUCUUUUCGUUGGAGGCGUCACGCGGAUGUAAUGUUCUCACUAUUUCUUGCCAAUGAAGAAGACCUUCUUUAGCUAAGCUACACAAUGGCCGGGGUGCCUAAUUCUCUAACUCGGACUCCGUCUGAUCCCAUUGCCGAAGUUGUAUCAGCGGAGUCAUACCACGCUAUCCUGGACACAUCCCCUCCGGACUAUGUGGAGAAAAUAUCGCGGUAUCUCGAGUCUUCAGUGGGACACCGCAAACAGGAUAAAGUAUCUAAUGGACCGGCAGAAGCAGAAAGUGACUCAGGAGACAGUCUGUUCUUAACUCAGAAGUCCGUACCCGAGGCUGUGAGAUCAAGAAGACGACGCCACUACAGCUUGAGAUCAACCCCCAUAUCUCCCAGGGAUCUAGAAGAAGAACUGUCUAGAAGUGAAGACAGUCCAUCGUCCUCUUCCCACGAAGAAUCCAAAACUGACAAAGUGAAGAGAAGAAAGAAAUACACACUGCCAAAAUACCAUUUCCCUUUCCUCCCAAAGCGCAAGUGUAAGCUCGGAAGCACUCUGUUAGCUGUCCAGAACACAAGCCUUCAUCAUUAUGUGAUGGGAGGCUUCUUUAACUGUGUCAGAGAGCUGUGGCAGGGCUAUCAAAGAGAGCAUCUGGAAUCAUCUUUACCAACAGUUGACCUGGAUGGGCAGGACCUAUCGCCAUUGUCAGAAGAAGACGAAGGGAGGUCAGAAGAUGAAGACAUGAAAGUGGUGGAGAGGAAACAUUUUGUGGCACCAUCAAAAGCAAAGAGCCAACAAACCUGGUGCAAGCAGUUAAAACGACAGAAGAGGAGGGAGGCUAGUAAUGCCAGACGAGAAACAUCACGAGGAAGACGAACAAAGGUCAUACCAGUGUCUUCAGAUACAGAGACCCCUGAUCACGGGGAGUCUUCUUGCAGAGUUCGGGGCCAGAGGGAGAGGGAUGAUGAACACGCAACAAGUGACGGAAACUCUACUGCGCAAAAUAGAACCCCAAAGACAAAGAGACGCCUCACCCAAGGAAACAAAGCGAGCGAGGAAGAGCUGCGCAACGACAACGAUGCUGCCAUUUGUGAGCCGCGAAAGCCGCAGAGAAGGCACUCCGCUCGAAAGGGCAGAGAAGCAUCCACCGCUGUAACAGAGCCUCAAACUGACGUUUCCCACGUAGAAGAUCUGUUCCAGGCAGGACAGGCCAGGGACAGACCUGAAAGCCCGAAUCUCCUCCCCAGUCUCUCAGGUCUUACAAGGGACACGAAUAAUAAUGACAGCAUAUGCAAUGAAACCGAGGUAAAAAGGAGGAAAAAGAAGAAAAAGGGACAUUGUGAAAGUGUAGACGAAGGAAAGAGCCGGAGUCGGGGAGAGCCAUCGGGUCUGCAUGCUUGUCUGUCUGUGAACACGGAGGUAGAAGAGACCCCCAGCCUGUCUGAGGAUAACAGGGCAGAGACUCCUGCAGCGCAGACUAGUGAGCAGCUGGAAUCGAAUGAAAACAAUGGGAUGGAGAACGAGUCCCGUGAUGAUAAAAUACUGAGACAGGAGGAGAGAGACCUGCCCGAUUCAAAACACAAGAGGAAGAAGAGAAAAAAGAAUAAGUCUUCAGCAGAUGUUAGGCAGGAAGAUGAUGGAAACUUGGAGUCUGAUGUGAGAGCGGAGGAUUCUGUAUUUUCAGUGAGCUGUAACAUUGAGGAUGGUGGCGAGGAGAAGAAGAAGAAGAAGAAGAAGAAAAAGAGGAGAAGUGGUGAGGAUGUUAAGCAUUUACAGUCUGGCGCCGUUGCCGAACCCCUAAAUGACGAUGCUGAGAAACAGAAGAAGAAGAAAAAAAGGAAAAAAGAAAAGGAGCUUGUAGUUACAGAGCAAUGUGAGGAGGAGGAGGCGGCAUCGAAUAGGACUUUAGAUUCGCCGCCAAGAGAACAAUUAGAGGAAUCAGGGAAUUGUUUGGAAAAUGCCGCAGCUUCUCAAGAAACCUCCGAGUCCAGUUAUGUCAAAAGGAAAAAGCACAAAAAGAAGCGACAGUCCUCCUCUAAUUAUGCUACUCAAGAUGGAGAAGAGGGUGUAGAUGUGAGCUUUUGUAUGGAUGAUUCUGUAACUUUAGCUAAAGGUUCAGGGCAGUCUCUGAAAAAGAAGAAGAAAACUAUCUUUGAGGGGUUACAUAUCUCUUACACUCCUGAAGAAAAUCAAAACAAUUUAAAUGAUACCCAGAAUACAAAGGAGGGUCUUGAAGCUCAAAAUGCUGAAAUGGUGACUAAGAAAAAGAAAAUUGGUAAAAUAUUGAGCAGGAACGUAUCCGAAGACACAGUGGCGCAAGGCGACGAUUCUGUGUCUGUGCAGGAAAAGGAAAAGAAGAGGACCUCGUCCUUCCUCGUUGCUGACGCAGAGGAAAACGAUGCGCAGGCACAUGGGGAACAAAACUCUCGUGUCUGGGGGGCAGAAAACCCCGUCGUCAGCGCUGGUGACUUGGAGCAACUUAAUGACGGGGUCACGAAGAGGAAGAGGAAGAUGUCGGUAGAGCAGCACAGUGUGGAUUUCGAGUAUCCAAACGAAACAUGUCCGAGUGCUUUGCUUGAACUCACUGACACAAGAUUGGAAAGUAAAGCUGAUGCGGGACUUUCUCCAACUGAAGGGGCUGUGGUGUCGAAAAAGAAGAAGAAAACAAAGUGCGAAGACGAGCCAUGCCACUUGAUACCAGAGGGUCCUCCAACUGCCACUGAAGAUGCUGAAUCACUUAGAUCUACACUGAACACCUGUGGGCCAGUUUCUCACAAGAAAAAAGGCAAACGUGGUCGCAGUGCUGAAACGCCUCAUGAUAGCGGUGCUUGUGACCAGGCGACCAAGGAAACUCUGAGUCUGGUCGAACGUGCUUCAGCAUCUCCAGAGACACUUCAAAAUCGGGCAUUAAAUGAUACGGCCGUCAAGAAAAAGAAGAAAAAAAUUAAAUCCACCGAUAAGGUUUUGCUCGAGGGGAAAUCGUUGGCCGAGUCUGCUGAGUUAGAGCCCAGACGAAACAAAAAGAAGGAAAGAAAUAAGCAAUCAACCGUCCCCAGUAUCACAUUCAGCAGCCCCGUCGUAUCUGAGACGUCGCUCUCAAAAUUGGAAAUGUCGUCUUCAGACAAUAUCAUGAAAACCAAGCAAAGAAAGGUCAAGCGGAGACUGCUUAAUCCAAGUGAGGACUUCUUUACAGACUGCUAGUAUGAAGUUGCCGAUUGGCUGAAUUGUAGAUGGAUAAACAACUAUCUAAAAUGAUGCCCUCUAUCUUUUUUUAGAUGGAUUGAGUGAAAAAGGGACAGUUCAGUUUUGAAUGUAUUUUGUUUUGUAUCAAAGCAUUUUACUGACAAAGUUCUCAACCUUUUUGGUUUUGACGGACUGAGCAAAAUAACGACGCACCAUAAUGAUUAGUUUUUCUUUCUUUUUGUAAAUAAAGCUCCUGAAUAUGAACGUAACGGUAUUUGAAGGACCAUGUCACAAGUUUAUAAAUUAAAACUACAUUAAACGAGUGUAAUC